AUGGCAAGUACCUACAACAUUGAGCCGCCACCAACGGCCAAGGUCCUCCUCCUCACCACCUCAGGUGAUCUCCUCCUCGAAUUAUUCGCGAAACAAUGCCCCCUCGCGUCCCGAAACUUCCUUCAACAUUGCCUCAAUGGUUACUACGACGACACAAUUUUCCACCGACUCUUACCCAACUUCAUACUUCAGGGUGGUGAUCCUACCGGUACAGGGGAAGGUGGGGAAAGCAUCUACGAGAAGGGCAAAGGGUUCGAAGAUGAAUUUCACUCGCGCUUGAAAUGGAACAGGAGAGGACUGCUGGGUAUGGCAAACGAAGGGCGGCCAAACACAAAUGGAAGCCACUUCUUUCUGAGUCUGGGAGACGAAUGUAGGCAAUUAGAAGGCCGAAACACGAUGUUCGGAAGACUGGUAGGGGACACUAUUUUCAAUUUACUGAAGAUGGCAGAGGCAGAGGUGCAGGAGGGGUUGGAGAGGCCUAUGUAUCCGACUAGGGUCACAGGGGCUGAGAUACUGGUGAAUCCAUUUGAGGAUAUGGUGCGGAGGGAUGUGAAAAGGGUGGAGGUCGCGAAGGAGGAGAGGAAAGAAGGCGAGAAAAAGAAGGCGAAGAAGAAGGGCGGAAAGCAACUUCUGAGCUUUGGGGACGAAGAGGGAGGGGUAGAGGUUAUGGUGAGGAAAGAGAAAGGGAACCCGAGACUGAUUGAUGUAGAAGAUGGUGCCAAGGGAGCUACGACUACAUCGAAGGCGGACGAGAGGGCUGAAGAUGCAUCAAAUGGCCACUUGAACAGCACAACUCGUAAGCCAGAAAAGAAAAAGAGACGGCGGUCAUCAGCUUCGCCAUCUCCACCUCCACCAAAGAAAGCAAAACCCGAAGUUCAGCUACCGCUCCCUCAAGAUGAAGAGCCAUCAAGAUCCGUGUCAACCUCUCCCGAGGCAGUGGAACGGAUGACCACCCUUCUCGACAAGACUAAUGCGCAAAUUGCAGAGCUGAAGAACUCGAUGAAGCGUAACGUACAGACUGCUUCCACGAAUGACGCGAAGCCGAAGUCUGCGCUAGAGCAGAUGAUCCCCGCUACCGCCGUCCGCGGCAAAAAGCGAAAACAGGGCGACAAGGGGGUGAAGCAGACGCUGGAUCUCCUGAUUACUUUCAGGUCGAAGCUCGAAAGCGCUGAUGCAGAGGUCAACGACGUUCCAAACGCUAGCAACGGGCAUACAGACACCAAAUUAGCCAACAGCAGAGAUACCGACGGUGAAAACGCCGAGGAGGCAGCGCUCUGCGACCUCCACUUCAUUGCCAACUGCGAAUCCUGCAAAUCAUGGGACGAGCAUUCCGGCGACGCGGAGGACGAUGAUUUAGGGGAUGGGUGGAUGUCGCACGCGCUGAGCUUUGAAAAGGAUCGAAUGGGGAAGGACUUAAGCUGGAAGAAGAAGCAGGAAGAUGAUCUGGUGGUAAUAGAUCCGCGAGAGAAAUCGAAAGGGAUCAAGGAGGAAAUGAAGGCGAAGAAGAUGGCUAGGAUGGGAGGCGGAGGGAGGGCUUGGGAUCAGAAGUAG